AUGACGGCUGGGAGCCCCGGAGACUGCGGGGAGGUGCGGAGGAGCCCCGAGGGCCGCGUCUCUCGCCUGGGCCGCCGGCUGGGCCGCCGCCGGCGCCCGCGCUCCCCGCCCGAGCCUCUGCGGGUGCGGGCGCGGCUGCGGCUGCGCUCGCCGUCGGGGGCGUUCGCCGCGCUGGGGGCGCUCGUGGUCUUGGUGGGCAUGGGCAUCGCGGUGGCCGGCUACUGGCCGCACCGGGCCGGGGCCCCGGGCCCCCGGGCCGCCAAUGCCAGCUCACCCCCCCUGAGCGAGCUGCGACGCGAGGGGCGCGGCGCGGGCCGGGGCCAUGGCCCGCAUGAGCGGCUGCGGCUCCUCGGGCCGGUGAUCAUGGGCGUCGGCCUGUUUGUGUUCAUCUGCGCCAACACGCUGCUGUAUGAGAACCGAGACUUGGAGACGCGGCGGCUCCGCCAGGGGGUGCUGCGGGCCCAGGCGCUCCGGCCCCCCGACGGCUCCAGCUGGGACUGCGCUCUCCUUCCCAGCCCGGGCCCGAGGACUCCCCGAGCCCUAGGCUGCGCGGAGCCAGAAAUUUGGGACCUGUCCCCACGUCGGGGCACCUCACCCGUCCCGUCAGUGCGGAGUCUGCGUUCAGAGCCUGCUAAUCCUCGCUUGGGGUUAUCUGCCCUGUUCCACGGCUACCCGCUGAAGGGCCCGGGGCUGCCCCCACCUUGGGGUCCCCGGACCCAGACUGGCCACGUGAUUAUCACCGUGCAGCCUUCUGGUUCCUGCAUUGAACAUUCCAAGUCUCUGGAUCUGGGCCUUGGGGAGCUCCUCCUUGGGGGCUCAGCAGCUCGGGACUGUGCUCACCGAAGCUGGCCACGGCUGGACCGCCUCAGUCUGGGGGGCUAUGCCAAAUUGGGAGGAGGGGACUUGGGGGCCAGGGUGUGAGGAACGGGCGGACAGCCUGCAAUGAGGCUGCAGCACGGACCAUGUAACAGGACCAGAGGAGUCCAAUGUUUAGUAGAUGCUUCAGUCACAUCCCAGGCCGGGGACGGAUGUUCCGACCACAGCAGCUGCUGCGGCAUCCUGACCUGCGUGUGGGCAGAGAAAUGCCAACGGCACUAGGGCCCAGUGAGCUGGAGAGGGUGUGUUUCAAUGUGCAGAGCGGAGACUAGCCUGGCUCGGCCUCAGGAAUUUCUUCAGCUUCCAUAUGUGGCCUCAGCCCUGAGGGGGCUGGAGGUCCAGGCCAGGGUGAUUGGGAGAUGCCCCUGGUGUCUUGGCAAACCCCAAAUGGUGGGCAAGGACUCCUAAUACUUGGAGGUAGGUUGGGAUGUUACCGGUUGGGGCAGGCUCCUUCCAAGGUGGCACUGGUGACAGGGUUUGGGCCUCUGGGAAGAUGGGCAAUGGGGUGGAGUUGAGACCCUCCACUGCCAUCCGGGAUGGGGACUGAGGCUUUAACUCUACCCACCUCAAUCCCCGCCUUCCCUCAG